CAUGUCCAUGAACCUCUUUGAAGUCUUCCGUUACAGGAGGUGCUUGUGAUGCUGUAGGCAGAUAAAUCGGUAUUCGUGCAAGUUCCUGUCUACAGUUUCCUCAUGUCAGACUGCAGCUCAACUAGAAACAUAAGGGCCAAAAGAUUCCACACAACAAGGCAGCUCAUAAAAAUCAGUCAUCUCAGAAAGACUCAAGGGCCAUCUCGCCAGGUGUGCGAGUAACAGAUUUGAUCUAUCAUGGUUGACAACAUUGUCACAAAGCCUCUUGGGAUAGUUUUGAUCGUCACAGCUCACAUGGUAUUCAACGGUCACAGCAAAGAGGUCACGGGAAUCCUCGGCAACAACAUCACCCUCGAAUUCAUAUUAAACGCCACUAUCACAAAAAACAGUCAUAUUGCAGUUUACAGAUCAGGCCAGAACAAGAUUGUUGAGUGUCUAUCAGACGGUACUUGCUCAGGAAGUCAUGAGUAUGAUGUUUACCGUGGAAAAGUUUCUGUAUUUUGCAAUAUUUCAAAUCUAAAACGAAAUCACAGUGAUAUUUACUGGGCCAGUUUGUUUAUCGACUUGAAUCCCAAAGAAAGUGAUAAAGUAAAGCUGAGCGUUCGAGAGGACAACAGAAGCAGCACAGAUUCUCCGAUGCCGACUUACAGCACAAUACCCGAGCAUCGUGGAACUUCCAAUUUGUUUGUCUUUUACAUCGUCACUGUCCUUGUGGUUUUGUGUGUCGUGCUGUUGGCUGCAGUGCUUUCUUGGUUAAUCUGGUGUCUCGUGAGAACCAAAGACAAACAACAACAACAACAACAACAACGACAGAGCUCUUAUCCCACAGUACAGGAAACAGUUCAGGCGUCCAAUAUUGUACCUGCACCCUCGGUGGUCUACAGCAUCCUGGACUUUCCCAAAAGACCUCCAGCAGUUUUAGAGAUGAAUCCAAAUGAUACAGAAUAUGCUGCUGUCAGCUAUCUACCAGAACAGAAACGAGUGUGAUGUAUGGCUGAAUGUAAACUAGCUGGUCUUUAUUGGUCUGCAAGAUGACUUACACUCUAUAUAACCUAAAAAUAUAUUUCCGCUAAGUGUAAUAAAUGUUCCCUCCAAGCCUGUAAGUUCCUUGCAAUAAAUUAUAAACAAAGGAGUGUGGAGAGGAAAGAAACAUAAUGACGUGAUGUCAGCGACACUGGGGUCUGAAGUAUAUGGGCAUCACUUGUUUUCUAGUGGUUGCGAGAUUGUGAUGUUGACAGCUGCUAUGGCAAACCAUAUCCCAACACAUAAAAUGUUACAGUGACAAACCAACUUUUUGAUUUGGUUCAGUUUUUGUUCGCUCUUCAUCAGGGGUCAUCUGUCCAUUAAAACCUUACAGGAUAAAUCUGGUGAUAUUCGAUAUAUUUUUUAUUGUGAAAAACCAGCAAUGAGUGGAUCCUACUAAGAAUUGUCCAUGUAUCCAAAGCCUAGUGUAGUUUAUUUGUCUGUGCCAUUGACCUCCAUUGUUGUCAUCAAUGCGCCAUUCUGGUGCACAGGGUGACAUAUUCCUUUAACUAAGUAAAAACAGUACAAACAUCACAGUAAAAUAAGUUAUGAAUGCUGACAUUGCAUAGAAAUGUUUAUUUUUAUGAAGAUGAACACAGUAUUUUGAGUCAAUCCCACUUCCACCAUCCUGCUGUCGUAAAUACUCAUUAGAGCACCAAAUGUGCAAUAAUCUGCCACUGAAAAUGGUGAUAUUUUAGAAAGUAGCUAAGCUUUUUUUAAUCUUAUAUCUACAAACUAUAAAUUGAUUAGCCUUCUUUUAAGAUUUAUGUCUUUAUUAAGACAUAGCUAGAAGAAGAAAUAUUGAAUAAUGCCGGUCUUAUCCCUUAAUCCACAGAAAAGCUUAAGUUCCUUUAACAUUGUCACCAAAUGUAUAACUACACUUCUGUAGAGAAUGUAAAGAGAUGACAGAUUACUGACAAUACAUUGUUUAAUUGUUCAGUUUGAUUUUCAAACAUGUUCUUGAAAGCUCACUGACAUUUAUUCCCAAAAGUUCUGGCCACUUGCUUUAACUUUGUUCUCUGGAUUAAAUUUGGACUCCAAUAAUGCACUUUUCUGUAGUGACAUAUGACUUGGUAAUUAUUUCUGUUUUUGUCUUUUGGGGUUUUCUCCGAGGAAGUGAGGUAUCUUUACCAACAUCUUUUCUUUCGGUGUUUUUGUUUUUGUUGCUAUCUAUCACAGUUUCGAUUGACAUUUUCUCUAUUAUUAUCUCAAAGCUGAGAACCAUCAGUGAAAUGAAACAGUCUUUGGAACAAGUUGAUACUUUAUUUAUAGAUAGAGAUCUUCUAACAGCUCAACAGUACUGUAUAGUCACAGGUCACCAGUGUGAUUUUUCCAUUUACUGCAUGGUGACAGUUUGACUGAUUCAUACCGAUUUUUCAAAUAACAAUGACUUCCUGACACUAUCUCACUGCCAUUAUAUAUUACUUGGUCUCUGAAGUUCUCUUUUGGCAGGUGCUUAUUGAUGUUUUGAUAGAUUUAUCAGACAAAUUUAGUUCUCAAUGUGUUAUUCAUGUAUUAUGUUGUGAAACUCACCAAACACAUCUGUUCAUCGGUGGCAUGACAAACAGGUUGAUUAUUCAACUAUGUCAGCUUUUACUCAGGAAGGAAAAUAACCAAAAAGGUCAAUAAAUUACGUAAAUGUGGUUUUUAAAAUAGCUGGCCACAGUGGCACGCAAUCAAACACAGACCGGAAGUUCUUCUCUGCUCUAAAAACUUGUUGUGAAAGAAAUAAACCCUCAUUCUGAAAACUA